UGGUAGCUGGAGCUGUCACAAGCGCGCGCAGGUGCCCGGGUUGCACGGGCGCAGUUCACCUCACAGAGAGCAGAAAGUCGACGAAUAGCGGGUCGGGCUGUAAAUGACUGAGAAGCGGAGGGGAGGAAUGUUCUGCACACUCUCACUUCCAGAAGGAAGCGAUACUAGUGCGGCGCUGUUGCUGCGCGUUUCUGAGAGCCGCUACUAACUGCGUACUGUCUGACCUUCAGCGGGUGAGUGAUGACCUAAGUCCUCGCAGUCCGUCUGAGUCAAGCAUCACGAAAGCACUUUUCCUGUCCCCCUCCACCUCUCGGGCUGGACUGUGCAGCAGCUGCCCGGCCCCCGCGCCCCCCGGCCAUGGCGUCCCGAAUUGGCCUGCGCCAGCAGCUCAUGCGGGACCAGAUGCAACAGGAAGAGCAGCGUGAGCGUCAGCAGGUGGCAGCAGCGCUACACUACAUGCAGCAGAGGACGCCCGGACCGCCGGUGGCCUCGCCUGCUAUCAGCGCCCCCAUGCCCUACCAGACGCCCAUGCAGGUGCCCGUGGAGGUGCUGAAGGUGCAGACUAACCUGGAGAACCCCACCGACUACCACAUACGCCAGUCGCAGCGGCAGCAGGUGAAGGAGUACCUGUCUACCACCUUCGCAACCAAGCAGGCAGUGCACGCUGUCGUCCAGCCGUCAUCCCCCAGCAUGCCCCAGGGCCAGCCCGCCAGCCUGCCACCCCUGCCCUCGCCUCGCACGCGCCCUGAGCAGCUCAUCACCUCGGCGGGGAACAGCGCCCCCAACAGUCCCAUGGCCACACUCAACAUCAGCUGCAACCACGAGAAAGAGAUGGAAGACGUUAUUGAUGACAUCAUCAGUAUGCAGUCCAGCUAUGAUGACAUACAGACUUAUGUCGACCCUGUGGUACAAAUGCCAAACACACUUCCUCUUUCCAGUGGCCACAUGGACGUGUAUUCGGGGCCGGGCAUGGCUGGACCUGCCAUCCCCAUGACGAGCAACUCCUGCCCUGCCAACCUGGCCAUCAAGAGAGAGCUGUCAGAUGCAGAGGCCAGAGCUUUGGCCAAGGAGAGGCAGAAGAAAGACAACCACAACCUGAUUGAACGGAGGAGGAGGUUUAAUAUCAAUGACCGCAUCAAGGAGCUCGGUACCAUGAUCCCCAAAACCAACGACCUGGACGUGCGCUGGAAUAAGGGCACCAUCCUCAGGGCCUCGGUGGAAUACAUUAAACGCAUGCAGAAGGACAUCCAGAGGACCAGGGAGGUGGAGACCAACUUCAAGAGGAUGGAGAUGGCCAACAAACAACUGUGGCUCCGCAUUCAGGAGCUGGAGAUGCAGGCUCAGCUGCACGGCCUCCCCAGCAACUCCCCCUCGGGCCUCAACAACAUGGAUCUGCCAAACCCGUUUGUGAAGCAGGAAAGCAGCCCCGAGGAGAACCGCCUCGGUCCCCACCUCCCCGUGCACCACCACCUAAACCAGCAGCAGCAGCAGCAGCAGCAGCAGCAGCAGCAGGCGCCGCACCGAGGCCUGCCCCUCCUGCCCCAGCACAUGCAUCCCCAUCCUGCGCCGCAGUACCCGCCCAUGGGUGGCCCCCAGCCCUUUGACUUUACCCAGUCGCUGGACCUGUGCGACGGCGGCCCCGCCUACUCCGACGGGAUGGGGUGUCUGGCAGACCUGGGUUCCCUGGGCGGGGGCGGCGGGUGCAACAUGACCCAUGUGGGGAAGAAGGACGACAUGGGCUUCAUGCUGGUGGACGAUGCCCUGUCUCCACUCGGGUGCGAUCCCCUGCUCUCUGCCAUGUCCCCCGAGGCGUCUGUGGACAGCAGCCGGCGAAGCAGCUUCAGCAUAGAUGACACGGAUAUACUGUGACCUGGAAACGGCGCGCACACACACACACACACACACACACACACAGGAUCCUUCUAUGUACAUGCAUGUACACAACACAAAUCAGGCCAAACAUACACUCUGUGUCUGCUUUGUGAUCUCUAGUCAUACAUCUGAUUAAUUUGCAUGCACGCCCACUGACUGAAGGGCCAAAGGAAAAGGGCUAUAUCUUCAAACUCUGCACUCCCUCAUGUUGGUUUGGACCUGAUCACAUUAAUUUCAUAUCAUAUCAUAUCAUUUUUUAUAUAUAUA